UUGUUCGUUCACGCUCAGGACGAUUUUGCCGGGAGCUACCUCCACAACGACGCCGACCGCGAGGGGUUCCGCGAAUACCUCGACGGCGCCCUCACCCACGAUCUGGCGCACAUCGAGCAGAGCUAUCUGCUGCGUCGUGGCAGCAAUUUCUGGAUGGCCGAACUUGAAGGGCAAGUGGUGGGUUGCAUCGGAGCCUACCGUCGGGACGAAGAAGAAGUGGAGAUCCGGCGUCUAGCGGUGGACCGUUCCGCUCGGCGUAAGGGUGUGGCCUCCCGCCUGUUGGAUGAGGCAGAGGAGUUCUGCCGCGACGCGGGGUACGCGCGAACCAUCGUCUGGACAUCCAACCACAUGUCCGCCGCCAUCGGCUUUCUGAAGCAUCGCGGCUACCACGAACUGGAGGAUCACGCGUUUCCGCAUACCAGCCUGACGCUCUAUCUGUAUGGGCUGGAGUUGUGA